UUUGAGUAGAUUCUCAAAAAUCUGACAAUGUCCCAUUCAACUAGAUGUGCAGCUUGCAAAUAUUUAAGAAGGAGAUGCCCUAAAGAUUGUGUUCUUGCACCAUAUUUUCCACCAACCAAACCUCAAAGAUUUGCUUGUGUUCACAAAAUCUUUGGUGCUAGCAACACUACCAAAAUGCUAGAGCAACUUCCACUGCAUUUACGAGCUGUGGCAGCGGAUUGCAUGUCUUUCGAAGCAAGUUCACGUGUGGAAGACCCAGUCUAUGGAAGUGUUCGGAUAAUCUCUCAACUCCAAGAACAAAUAAUUGAGGCUCAGUCUGAGCUAGUGAAGACAAAGGGUGAAAUAGACUUUCAUAAUGCAAAACAACACCUACAACAACAACAAAUGCAGCAGCUGCAAAUGAUUCAUGCUAUUGCCCAAGAAGGUGAUGAAGAUCAGCCCUUAUGGCUAAGUUCAUGUCAACAAGAUCCUUUCCCCAACGUAAAUCAACAGCUACUUGAAGACUACAACUAUUCCAAUACUUUUUUUGGCUUUGAAUUUUGAUCAAAUUACAAGUUUAGUUUAUCAACGAGUGAUGGUAAGGAUAUUACAGAUAAUUUAGAU